AGGCUGUGCUGUUGACUUGUGUUGUGUCCUCUCAGGGAGAAUGACAGGAAACAGGCGAGAUUUAUGUCGGCGGUAUAAAAACAUCUCACAGCUGAGAUCCCGCAUCUUUGCCUUUAAAGGAGCGCAGUGGUGAGUCGCUGGGAAACAGAGGUUGUGUGCUCAUCGGGAGACCCGCUGCUUAUUUCUGUGUCACAUUUUUGUCCAGUUUAAUCUGAUGAGAUAACAGAAGAAGAUGCUUUUAUAUUAAUCGCAUAUGCUGGUGAUGGCGGCUGCGUCCAGAGAGGGAGCUCUUUAAUCCAGGGCUGGAGCAGCGGAGAUUUUCUGGCCCAUAUGGAGCUGAAAUGUGAAAUUGCUCAAUUUCAAGGACGCACUCCUGAUCAUUUCUGUCUCCGGCGGAUGAUUUGUGUUGAAAAAUAGGAUCACGACACCAUCAGGUCACAUCUCUUGUUGUGUCAGCUCCGUGUCGUUGCUGCAGCAGAAGACAAGCUGAGAGAAUUAUUAUGGCUGCUGCGCGUAAUAAUUAGACGCGGGUUUUGGUUAUUUGCGACUCAUGGCGUAGGGUUGCCGUAACGAUGUGAUCAGAUAGGGAUCCCUGGUUUCUCGCUGUGCUGCCUUCUCCUCCAGAGUCGCUCAUAAUGCCGAGGGCUGUGCGGAGACUGGUCCAUAUGGUGCUGUUCUGCCCUCUGUCCAAAGGUCUGCAGAGUCGUCUCCCAGCCAUUAAGGUGAAGUACCUUCUCCUGGCAUGGCUGGGCAUCCUCAUCGCCAGCUGGGUCAUCUACAUGCAGUAUGCGUCUUACUCUGAACUCUGCCGUGGGCAUGUGUGCCACAUGGUCAUUUGUGAUCACUACAGAAGGGGCAUAAUAUCAGGCUCAUCCUGCAAGGCAUUGUGUGAUCAGAGAACUUUAACCCUGCAGCGCUGCAUGUCCACCUCCUCGACACAUCAGGUGUACAGCGGACUGUGGAAGGAGAGACCUGUUGUGAUCAAGUGUGGUAUCGAGGACCCAGUGAAGAUCGAUGGCGCUCCAGACUCUGUACUGCGACAGGAGAUGAGCUUAUUUGACAAACCCACUCGUGGAACCUCUAUGGAUGAAUUUAAAGAGAUGCUGCACAGUUUCCUCAAGGCUAACCUUGGUGAGCAGCCAUCUUUGAGUACCUUGGUGGACAGGGUCAUUACACUUGCUGAUGUCAACCAGGAUGGCAAAGUGUCUUUAGCAGAGGCCAAGUCCAUCUGGGCACUUCUCCAGAUCAACGAGUUCCUCCUGAUGGUGGCGCUGCAGGAAAAGGAGCACACCCCCAAGCUGCUAGGUUUCUGUGGAGACUUGUAUGUGACAGAACGUGUGGGUCACAGCUCCCUCUACAGGAUAGAGGUGCCUCAUUACCUGCAGGCUCUGGUUCCAGAGGCCUUGAGCUCCAGCCUGAACCACUGGCUGGCACCAGCCUGGCCCCGCAGGGCUCGCAUCACCAUCGGCCUGCUGGAGUUUGUGGAAGAGGUCUUUCACGGCUCCUAUGGAAGUUUCCUCAUAUGCGAUGCCAGUCCUCGCCACGUGGGCUACAAUGCAAAGUAUGACUGCAAGAUGGCCAACCUGCGCAGCGUGGCAUCUGAGGCAGUCGUGCGGGGAUUUUUGAGGGGACGACGAUGUGAGACUAACGCAGACUGUACUUAUGGCCGGGACUGCACGGCCACCUGCGAUCGACUGGUGAAGCAGUGUAACACUGAGGUUGUACAGCCCAAUCUCGCGAAGAUGUGUGUACUGUUGCAGGAUUUUCUGCUCUUUGGAGCCCCUUCAGACCUCCGUGGGGAUCUGGAAAAGCAGCUACGCACCUGUGUGACACUCAGCGGUCUGGCAAGCCAGAUGGAGGUGCACCACUCACUAGUCCUUAACAAUCUGAAGACAUUACUGUGGAAGAAAAUUUCUAACACUCAGUACUCUUGAAAAAAGGCUGAGAUUACUCGACCUGUUCCUCUGCAUAAUGAGUGAAUUAUUAUAUGAACAGGAGUAGUUUUUGCUUAUGAAGCUUUGCCAAAUGUUCUAGAGGAUGGUGAUUAUUGAUGUAUUUCACUCUACACUGACUGUGAAUAACAAGAAACUGUGAAUAUACAAUAUAAACAGCAGAUGGAGGAAACUUUAUUUUAUUCUUUUGUUUUCCAAUGCAUUAUUUUCAGAAGCACAUUCAUCUGUUUAGACAUAAUAUUCUCAGGGCACUGCCUAUAACUUUAUUUGUAAAAUAACCUGUGAGUAAACUUAGUUUUUAAAAUAGUUUCAUAGUAUACUCUUUUGACUAUCUCAACUGAGGCAGAAUGUCAAAUUCGACAUGGCGUGAUAGUUUUUGUACAACUGUAAAUAUUGGUGGAACUUUGUUGUUUCCUGUGUAUAAAUGAAUCUUCACGUGAAGCAGAAGACACAAAUAAUGCAUAUACAGUAGCACUAAAAUGUCCCUCCUGUUACUGAUCUGAUAUUGAUAAUGUAUUUAAAUCAGCCUGAACAGACUGGAGUUGUAAAUGAUGAUCAGACAUGAUUAAACAUGAAUGAACUUCUAAUCCAUCAAUAAAAGGAAAUUGGUUCAAACAA